AGCAGCGUGAAGUCAAGAAGCAUUCAUCCAAGAAGCAUUCAUCCAAGAUGUCCAUAUCAAGUCAGCAGUCGACGGCAAUGGAGCAGCCGGAGGGCGAGUCACUUCAGUCUCAUGAGUUGACUGUCAUGGUUGAUCAGCUUAUCCACGAUUUACAAUACUCAAUCAGCAGAGUUUCUACAGAUCUUACGACGAAGAUGGACGACAUGUCGACGAGAUUAAACGCCCUCGAACAAAUGCUACGCCAAUCACUCGAAGGCGUACCACAAACGGCACCUAAGAAGAAGGAGGGCUCGGCAUAG